AUGGCGGGACGGGCCGAGACGCGAACCCCUGAGCCGCCCGACCGCGACGAACACGAAGAUUCACCCCCAAGAUUAGCGAGGCCGCGACGCACCACAAGACCACCGAAUAACUACGCUCAAGAGCAAGAGAUUGACACCGAGCAGAGAAAGACACGCGCCCAAUCGAAAAAGGGACGUCAAGGCAAAUCAGUACCCCAGCACGACGCAGUAUCUUCAGACGACUCCUCGACGGAGAGCGAGGACUUGAGCGCUACCGAUCUCUUGAAAGAGCUCGUGAAGCUAAGGAAAGAGAUUAGACGACGCGAUGAUCUGCAUAAGAAAGAGCUGCAAAAAAUCAAAGAGGAAUUCAGCGCAACCCUUGCAGAAGUCCGACAGGAGCUACAGACCCUGGCAGACAGACCCCCGACACCGCAAGCCCUCUCCGAGCCUUGCUCUCAGAACGGCCACGAUGAGAUCCUUCGCGAAAUUCACUCUCUGCGCAUGGCAAUCAACCCGUCAGGCCCCGUCUCGGGAUCUCCGUCCUAUGCAGACGUCGCCCGUACUCCCCCAAUGAGCUACCCAAGCAACAUACGGACCCUCUCAUCGGCGAACACGACACCGACCAGCUUCACCGACACGCUAUAUUGCACGAUAGACACCUCAAAGAUGAUAGACAAUUGA